CUAAUAAGACACUGAAAAUCAAACAAAGAGGUUUUGUGGGCUUUCUGCUGACUUGCUUCCUCUGAGAUCGAUCGCACUUCCCCUUUUUCUUUAUUUACUUCUUUCAACAUCAUAAAAAAGAUCAAAUCUUUGGAUUCAACAUCUUCUUUUGAUUCAUGGAUAAAGAGGCCGGUUGUUGCUCCACACACCUCAUAGAAGGAGAUGGCACUUUCAACGCGGAAGGACUUGAUAGAUUUGUCAAGCAAGUAAAUAUGGUUGAAUGCGGGCUUUCUUAUGCUGUUGUUGCCAUAAUGGGUCCUCAAAGUAGUGGGAAGAGCACACUUUUGAACAAUCUUUUUCACACAAACUUCAGGGAAAUGGAUGCUUACAGGGGAAGGUCUCAAACCACCAAAGGUAUAUGGAUGGCAAGGUGUGUUGGUAUUGAACCUUGCACCAUUGUAAUGGAUCUCGAGGGUACUGAUGGACGGGAGCGUGGAGAGGAUGAUACCGCAUUUGAAAAGCAGAGUGCACUUUUUGCCCUUGCUGUUUCCGAUAUAGUGCUUAUAAACAUGUGGUGUCACGAUAUUGGGCGUGAGCAGGCUGCGAACAAACCUCUUCUGAAAACUGUAUUCCAGGUUAUGUUGCGCCUAUUUAGUCCACGUAAAACAACGUUAAUGUUUGUGAUACGUGACAAAACAAGGACACCUCUUGAAAAUCUAGAGCCCGUCUUGAGGGAAGAUAUUCAGAAAAUAUGGGAUUCUGUUCCAAAACCGGAAGCCCACAAACAGACUCCACUUAGUGAGUUUUUUAAUGUUGAAGUUGUUGCUCUUUCUAGUUUUGAAGAGAAAGAAGAACAAUUCAAGGAGCAGGUGGCUAGUUUGAGGCAGAGGUUCUUUCACUCUAUUGCACCUAAUGGCCUAGCAGGAGAUAGGAGGGGGGUUGUUCCUGCUUCAGGCUUUUCCUUUAGUGCUCAACAUAUAUGGGAAGUGAUUAAGGAGAACAAAGACCUUGACUUGCCUGCUCACAAGGUGAUGGUGGCUACUGUAAGAUGCGAAGAAAUUGCUAAUGAAAAGUAUUCCUUUUUUGUAAAGAACCAGGACUGGUCUGACAUACAAGGUGCAGUACAAUCUCAUAUUGUGCCAGGAUUCGGAAGAAAGCUUACCUCAAUGAUUGACGCUUGUUUAUCCAGUUAUGAUGAAGAGGCUACUUACUUUGAAGAUGGUGUUAGAUCUGCCAAGCGAAGGCAGUUAGAAGAGAAGUUGACUCAACUUGUUCAACCGACCUACCAAAUGAUGCUGGAGCAUAUACAAUUAGAGACACUGGAUAAGUUCAAAAGAGCACUUCUGGAUGCUUUGAGUGGAGGACAAGGGUUUGCAAAUGCUGCUCGCGAGUGCACCAAAUCGUUCAAGAGACUCUUUGAUGAGCAAUGCCAAGAUGCCACUAUUAAACAGGCAAAUUGGGAUUCGGCUAAAGUAAGGGCUAAGUUUUCACACGAUAUAGAUUCACAUACGGAUGAAGUUCGAACGGCCAAGCUAUCUGAACUUAAUGCACUAUAUGAGUCAAAAUUGAAAGAGGCGUUAGAUGGACCUGUUGGAGCCCUACUAGAGGGAGGUGGUGAUGAUACUUGGCCUGCAAUAAGGAGACUUUUCCUUCACGAGACUAAAGUAGCCGUCUCUCAGUUUUCCGUUGCACUUGCUGGGUUUGAGAUGGAGGAACAAGCCAAUGAAGAGCUGGUUAUAAAGUUAGAAAAUUAUGCUAGAGGAAUUGUUGAAGUGAGAACAAAAGAAGAAGCGAGCAAGGCUCUGUAUCGCAUGAAAGAGAGAUUUACAUCUCUAUUCAACCAUGAUAGUGAUUCAAUGCCGCGAAUCUGGACUGGCAAGGAAGAUAUCCGAACAAUCACCAAAAUGGCCCGGUCUUCUUCUUUAAAGUUGCUCUCUGUCUUGGCGGCUAUUCGUUUGGAUGCUGACAAUGAUAAAAUUGGGGACACAUUAGUCCUUGCAUUAGUGGAUCGUAAGAAAGACAAUAGUAAGAGUAUUUCUAUGCAGGACCCAUUGGCCUCAAGCACAUGGGAAGAGGUUCCAGCCACGAAGACACUCAUAACUCCUGUUCAAUGUAAAUCAUUGUGGAGCCAAUUUCAAAGAGAGACGGAGUAUACUAUUACUCAAGCCAUUGCUUCCCAGGAAGCUAAUAAGCGUAACAAUAACUGGUUGCCACCUCCAUGGGCUAUAGCUGCCUUAGUGAUCUUGGGUUUCAAUGAAUUUAUGACUCUUUUAAGAAACCCGUUGUGGCUCCUCAUUAUAUUUGUGGCUUACCUGCUUUCCAAAGCUUUGUGGGUUCAACUAGACAUAUCUGGUGAAUUUCGCAAUGGCAUGCUUCCAGGAAUACUAUCCUUAUCCACCAAGAUUCUUCCUACCGUCACAAACCUUCUCAGAAAAUUGGCAGAAGAGGGCCAAGUGCCCGCUGCUACUGAUCCCCGAAGAAAUCCAUCUAACCAGUCACAAGUAUUGGGAAACUAUCAAGGUGUAGCCUCAUCAACGGGCUCAUCUGAUGUAACCAUGGAGAACGGAAAUGAGUACACUAGUCCAUCCAGGCCCAUCAAAGAUCAGUAGAUUUGUGUUGUAAGCAUAUGCAGAACUUGCUUAUUUUGCAAAUAUAGUCAUAUGGGCUUGAAAUCUAAUAGCAUGCACAAGGAGCACACUCGGAGGGAUAUUUUUUUUAUUAGGUGUCAUAUUGUGGUUGCUUGUUGUAACAUGAACUGCAGCCUAUGACUACCAGUCCCUAAAGGAACAUUGUAAACCGCUUGCUAGGGUCAACAUGUUUCAGUUACCACAUUCUUAUUAGGGUUCAUAUAUCACGGUUUUUGAUUUGUUUGGUCACACAUGUUGAGUUUUUGUUUGUAUAUUGUGGGUAUAUGACUGAAAAAGCGGUAUUACCAUAUUUUUUUAUUACCCCAUGUCUGUAUUUUAAAGCGCUAUAUUUGUUCUAUAGUACGGAGUACCAAACAUAUACAAUUAAUAAAUGAUGCAUCCAAUCUUGUUAUUUGAUUA